AUGGACCCAGAACUUGAUCACAUAAUCUACACUGUCCUAUCUCUUGAGGAAGACUACCCAACAAUGUCUCCUCCCUUGAGGAAUUUGAAUUAUCCAUCUAGCCCCAAUGGAGAGCUGCCGAACCUUCUCUCCAUCAUGAACAUUUCAGGGCCACAUAAGGUCUCAAAUGUUUUAGUGCAGACUCUGCUAGAACUCUAUUCCUAUCUGGGUUACCAACAAGAACAAGGUAACGACAAAAGCAUCAACCCAAGUUUUAAUGAACAAAUAUCUAAAAUUACCCCAAGCAUGAACAGCCAAGAAAAUCUCAGUAGCAAUCAAAACCACAAAGUAUUAAAAAGAAAGAUGUGUGAACUGGAGACAGAUGAUACAAAAAAUCUCACAGAAGCUAUUCACAAUGCCGGGACCAGCCUGUGCAAUACUAAGUCCAGAAAAAAGACAAUUUUCAACAGAGAACAGACCGCCUUCCUCCAGAAUCAGUUUGAUCUCAAUCCAUACCCAGACUUCGUGACUCGAUGCCAUAUUGCAGAUAUUACUGGAAUUCCAGAACCAAGAAUACAGGUAAUAUAUUUUCUUAACAUCUCAGGUGUCUACACACACUGA